AUCAAAUAAUCUAAUUUUCAUAAUUUCAUUACUUAUAAAAUUGUAAGUUUUUAGCUUAGUUAACUUCUGCCUUUCCCACGAUUAUUUUCUAUCGCACCUCUCCCGUUUUUCUAAUUACCAGCAGGGAGCAGGGCUGCAGGUUGUAAAACACACAAUUCAUAUCCUGUGGACUUUGUUUCCAGUUCCCCAGUAACAACAUCCAGAUUCGUGCAGGCCCAGCAGUCAACAUUUAAGAGAUUUCUACAUAACAUGUCGAAAAUUAAACUGCCUGCGCAGCUGCUUGUUGCCUUUGCCGGGUCGUUAAUUAUCGCUGUUUACCUCUGGGAUCGUAAUGGAGGUUUGGAUGUCAGCCCUAAUCCUCUAAACUAUCAAGAAGAUGCUGAUGACCGAGUUUUGCACCGCUUCAAAAGGAAUUCUUUUAGCACCAGGCUGCAAAACAUUUACCAGCAAUUUGGAAAAGUUGACAAGUGCUGCCAAUUUCCUCAGUUUAUUCCAAACAAUGCCGAAGAAGCCUGCUCUUAUUUAAUCAAAGGAAUAGUCGACAAAAGCCAAAAGCAGAAAAAAGGCAGCAAUAAAGCACAGGACACAAAAUAUUGGUUCAACAAAAUCAAACCGUACCUAACAUCAACCAUUCAAAAGAAGCCAGCAAUAAAAGGAGAAGCUCAGAAAAACAUGUUCUCAUUUGUGUGCUAUAUGGACUGCAUGUUCUCUUACAUGCAAUUGCUGAACAUGUCCGCAUUUAACCUGGAUGAAGUGGAAAAAACGUUUGUAACAACAGCAACAACCUCAGCAGAAAGCCUCGGUGGUGGCAAAAGCAGUGCUGACUGGGGUGGCUUGACCCGAAACGCUCUUUACGAUUGCGAGCAAAACUCAGCAUGUAUUUCACCAGAAACCGUGAAAGUUGGCAAAAAUUACUGCUCCGUCAAACCCGUCAUGCUGUUCAACUGCAUGCAGAAAGCAUUGUGCCUUAAUCCAGCAGCACGUGUCAAAAACACCUACACCUGUAACACUGGCAUGGCCCAGUUGCGUAAAACCGACCUGUUUAAGGUUCCCGGCAAUUAAAAAUGAAAUGAUAAAUAAUUUGAAACUUGAGUACUUUCUCAAUAAAAAUUGAAUUCUUGAUUGAAAAUUUCACUUUUCCUUUGCUCCCACAGUCAAUAUAUCAGCUCUCAAUAAUAUUUUGUAGCUGGAAAUUUU